AUGUCGUCGUCGCUGAUCCAACCACCGUCUUCUGUACCAACCGACCUGCGUCGAUCCGUCAGACUGACAAGAUUAUCCAGCGCAACAAACCCGCCGGGUGCCACGCGCCGCGCCCUGCGUCAGGCCCGCCCGUCACGCUCGCGCCCGGCCACGAACCAACCGUGCCAACAGUCUCCUCUGAAUCCCCUCCGAAAAUCCCAAGCCCAGGCCAUUAAUCAGGGCGCGCCACGUCCGACGCCGCUCCACACACUCCCCCCACCGCCUGCCUGCUCUGCUCCGCUCUGCUCCCUCCUCCCCCCUCCCCCCUCCCGCCGCCACGCGCCCAAAACCCUAGCCGCCGCAGUCUGCUCCUCCUCCGGUGCUCGCUCGCUUCCUCGUCGCCCGCGUGGUACGCGCGCAGGAGAGCAUCCCCGGGAGCGCGGCCCGCCGCUGUCCCCGGCGUGCCGGCAUGGAGGAGAGGCCAUAGAUCGCCGGCAGGCGCCUCCGCCGCCGCCCGACGCGGCGGCGGGGCAGGCUGGGGGCUCCCAGGAGCUGCAGCUCCCGGCGGACAUCGACUGGGAGCGGCUCGACAAGUCGCGCUUCUUCGUCCUCGGCGCGGGGCUCUUCUCCGCCGUCUCGGCCGCGCUCUACCCCGCCGUCGUCCUCAAGACGCGCCUGCAGGUCGCGCCGGAGCCUCCCCCGGCGCACGCCGCGACGGGGGCGCGGCCGGGGCUCCCGCCCUCCGCCGCCGCCGCGGCCACCACCAUCCUGCGCCGGGAGGGCCCCCUCGCCUUCUACCGCGGCUUCGCCACCUCCCUCGCCGGGACCGUCCCCGCGCGCGCGCUCUACAUGGGCGCGCUCGAGGCCACGCGCUCCGUCGUCGGCCCGGCCGCGCUCGGCCUUGGCGCGCCUGAGCCUGCUGCGUCCGCGGCCGCUGCCGCCGCUGCCGGGCUCACUGCCGCCGUUGCCGCGCAGGUUGUGUGGACGCCCGUCGAUGUCAUCAGCCAGCGCCUCAUGGUGCAGGGCAACCCGUGCCCGGCCUCCCGCUACCACGGCGGCCUCGACGCAUUCCGCAAGAUCGUUGCCUCCGACGGCCUCUGCGGCCUGUACCGCGGCUUCGGCAUGUCCAUCCUGACCUACGCCCCCUCCAAUGCCGUGUGGUGGGCGACUUACUCACUGUCACAGAAGAUAAUCUGGAGCGGGAUCGGCUGCUACCUCUGCGAGUACGGUGUGGGUGUGCAAGAAAUCGACGACGGCGACGGGGACAUCUCAUUGCAGCCAAGCUGCAAGACACUCAUGGUGGUGCAGGGAACGAGUGCCGCGAUAGCUGGUGGCGCCGCGGCGCUUGUGACCAUGCCGCUGGACACCAUCAAGACGAGGAUGCAGGUCAUGGACGGCCAAGGCGAGCCAAUCACCAUUGGGCGGACGGUGCGGGAGCUGAUCAAGGAAGGCGGGUGGGGCGCGUGUUACAGGGGGCUCGGCCCGAGGUGGGCGUCCAUGUCCUUGUCUGCCACCACCAUGAUCACCACGUAUGAGUUCCUCAAGCGCCUCUCGGCGAAGAAGGGGCAGGAGAGUGGCGUUCCCUGACUUCUGAUGGCAAGUAUAGAUAAUGCAAAUUAGGUUCCUUCCCUUGGUUUGUUUCGUUCCUUUCCACAGCUUAUCUGGUCUUUCAGGUGUUGAAAAGAAAAUGGUGAUCAAGUGUGUGUAGAUAGUGUCUUAGUUUGUAACUCCAAAUCAAUCGACGAAAUCCACUUUAUUUCUGGUA